GCCAACAAAGCAAUCGCCGCCAUUUCACUCUGCUAGUCGUCAAGAAGAAGAGCAUAUCCACAGCGAUCCACAGCGAGCCACAGCCACCUUCUCCGCUUCUUCAAACAAAACACACAAACCCUCCCUCACUAUACUCUCUACUACUCUAUCUUCUACUCUCAGUUAGGGUUUCACUUCCAUGGCCACCACUGUCUUCCGCUCCCCUAUUGUCUCCCCCUGCACCUCCAUUUCCACUUCCCAACCCCACCACCGCAUCUUCCUCCAUUUCCCUCAACGCUUCCGAUUCAGCUUCACCUCACACACACCACAACAUUCUCCCACCUUCGCUAUUUCUUGCUCCGCCCAAUCCGAAUUCCCCGCUCCUCGCCGCCGCCCUCCGUACAUUCCGAACCACAUCCCGGACCCAAACUAUGUUCGGAUUUUCGACACCACCCUCCGCGACGGCGAGCAGUCCCCCGGUGCCUCCAUGACGUCCAAGGAGAAGCUCGACAUUGCGCGCCAGCUCGCGAGGCUCGGCGUAGACAUCAUCGAGGCUGGCUUCCCCGCCGCCUCCAACGAGGACUUCGAGGCCGUCAAGAUGAUCGCCAAGGAGGUCGGUAACGCCGUCGACGCCGACGGCUACGUUCCUGUCAUCUGCGGCCUCUCCAGGUGCAACGAGAAGGACAUCCGGACUGCCUGGGAGGCCGUGAAGUACGCCAAGAGGCCCAGGAUCCACACGUUCAUCGCCACCAGCGCCAUUCACAUGGAGUUCAAGCUCAGAAAAACCAAAGAGCAAGUCGUUGAGAUUGCUCGCAAUAUGGUCAAGUUCGCUCGCAGCUUAGGAUGCGAAGACGUCGAGUUCAGUCCCGAAGAUGCUGGAAGGUCGGAUAGGGAGUUUCUUUAUGAAAUUUUAGGUGAAGUUAUCAAGGCCGGGGCAACAACCCUAAACAUACCUGAUACUGUGGGCAUAAAUAUGCCGAGCGAAUUCGGAAAGUUGAUUGCUGAUAUAAAAGCUAAUACUCCUGGAGUUGAAAACGUUAUUAUUUCGACCCACUGCCAAAAUGAUCUUGGACUCUCUACUGCAAACACCAUUCAGGGUGCACAUGCUGGUGCAAGGCAAUUGGAAGUAACUAUUAACGGGAUCGGUGAAAGGGCUGGUAAUGCCUCACUUGAAGAGGUUGUGAUGGCCCUGAAAUGUGGGGAACAUGUCUUUGGUGGUCUUUAUACUGGGAUCAAUGCAAAACACAUCUAUAUGACAAGCAGGAUGGUUGAAGAGUACACUGGUUUGCAGUUACAACCACACAAAGCUCUUGUGGGAGCUAAUGCCUUUGCUCAUGAAAGUGGCAUACACCAGGAUGGAAUGUUAAAACAUAAAGGAACAUAUGAAAUAAUAUCUCCUGAGGAUAUUGGGUUUGAAAGGGCCAAUGAAGCUGGUAUUGUACUUGGCAAGCUUAGUGGACGCCAUGCUUUGAGAAAGCGACUUGAAGAGCUUGGUUAUGAGCUUAAAGACGACCAAGUUGAGAGUUUAUUUUGGCGAUUCAAAGCAGUGGCCGAGCAAAAGAAGAGAGUUACUGAUGCUGACCUCCGAGCAUUGGUAUCAGAUGAAGUUUUUCAGGCAGAGCCUAUCUGGAAGCUUGGUGAUUUGCAGGUGACUUGUGGCACUCUUGGUCUUUCAACAGCAACUGUGAAACUUAUUGGUCUUGAUGGUACAACACAUGUUGCUUGUUCUGUGGGUACAGGACCUGUUGAUUCAGCUUACAAGGCUGUUGAUCUGAUUGUGAAGGAACCAGUAACACUUCUUGAGUACUCAAUGAAUGCAGUCACAGAAGGCAUUGAUGCAAUUGCCACUACUAGAGUUGUAAUUAUAGGGGACAAGAGUCGUACAUCUACUCAUGCUUUAACUGGGGAAACUGUCCAUCGAACAUUUAGUGGUAGUGGAGCUGGAAUGGAUGUUGUUGUGUCCAGUGUGAAAGCCUAUAUUGCUGCAGUAAACAAGAUGCUGGGUUUCAAGGAUACAGCUGCACCUGCAUCUGCAUCUGCAUCUGCUGAAAAGGUCUCAAUUUCUGCGUAGAUAUGAGAUUUUGGAUUACUGCUUCGCCAUAAUUUCUUGUGAUUUCUUGUUAACUUGGCAGAGAACAAGAGAAAUCUAGUGCAGCAAUCUAUAGUUGUCAAGUAUUGUAGUUGUACUUAAUGACUUUAUUUGCAAUAUCGUUAAUCAAUACCCAAGUAGCCUUUUAGCAAGCAGUGUAAUUAUGUCCACAAAUAUGCACUCCCCUCCCCUGGAAAAAAAAAGGUUAGACUUCGGAAUAUUUUUCCCCGUUUCAUUGUUUAGUUGGAAGAUACAAGUGUGCUAUACUGAUACUUUUAUUUAAAAAAAAAAUUAUUUAUAAUUUAUCAUUUAUUCU